UUGGCGCAAUAAGCUGGUCAUUUUAUUGCAAUGUCGUGCGAUUAAAGAGAAGUACAUUACUUUUAAAAAAAUGUUAAGAAGUUGCGUUGGAUUUUCAUUUGAACAGUUUUCAGAUAUUUACGAAUUCAUAAUGUUAAAUCCUGAAAGAACUGUUCUUAUGGUCGACGGUCUUGAUGAAUUAUCUUUAGAUAAUGAAGAUAUUCAAACUGACGACUCAGGGUCCCCUAAUGAAAAAAGGCACGUCAUUACACACUUAAGUAUGCUAGUUGAAGGUAAACUAUUGCCUGAUGUUACUGUUCUUAUUACAUCACGACCCACAGCUGAACGUAAAUUUAGAGAUAUGGAAUUCGCGAGGACAGUUGAAAUCAUGGGCUUUGAGAAUGAGAUAAAAGAAUUCGUGGAAAAGUUUUGUCAUGAAGAUAGAAAUAUUGCUGACCGUAUUCUAAAUAAGAUUGAAAUUUCUCUUGAACUUCGCAGCUUUUGUUAUAUCCCUAUUAACACUAAAAUUGUUUGUAUGACCUUAAAGGAAUGUUUUGCAGAUGAUGAAAACUACAGUCCAAAGACUAUGACUGAAUUGUACGAUAGAGCAAUUAAAGUUUUACUAUGGCAAAGCCAUCCACUUCUCAGGGGCAAGACUACAGAAAAGGAUUACUUGAGAAUUCCUUUACCAUCCGAGCUUGAUAAAGAUCUACAAGAAAUAAAAUAUGUUGCCAUGGAAGGGCUUAAAGACGGACGCCUGAUUUUUGAAAGAAAAAGUAACAGUAACUUUAAAAAUCUGGAAAACUGUGGCAUUUUCAAUAAGAUUUAUGAUGAUGAACGCCAUCUUUACUGUUUUCUUCAUUUGACUCUUCAAGAGUUUUUUGCAGCGUGGUAUAUUGUUGACGAUUGGCAAAACAUUGGAAAGUUUUUGGAUGAUCAUGUUCAAGAUCCUAAAUGGCAUUUGGUAAUCGAAUUUGCUGCUGGUUUGGUUGGAAAUGAAAAGAAAGAGAAGGGAAAAGAUAUCAGCGUUAUUCUAGAGAGGUUAGAAAGUUGGAUGUCACAUUUAUUUUUCUCUGAGGGUAAUAAAGCACUUGGUUUUCUUGGAAUGAAGUGCUUUUACGAAUUACAAGACGACGAUGAGAUGAGAUCAGUUUGCGAGUCAAAUAAUUUCUUUGAAAAAAUAUCCAUUAAUAACGUUUCUUUCACGCCUCUUGAUUCAAACGCCUUCUUGGAAUUUCUCUCUGAAUGCCGACAAUUAAGAAAACUCGCGUUUUUUUCAUGCCAAUUUCCUGAUAAUCAUAGCGUCAUUAGAUUGUCAAAAUAUUUGACAAAUGCAACAGCAUGCAAUGUAUUUUCUUUGAAAAUCAUCUCCUGUUCUGUUAAAAAUAUAUCAAAACAUCUUAGUGAAGCUUUAAAAAGUGAAAAUUGUAAACUUAGUGAAUUGGAAAUUAGAAAAAACAAUCUAGGUGAAGAAGGUGCUAAAUAUCUUAGUAAAGCUUUAAAAAGUGAGAAUUCUAAACUUACUAAAUUAAUUAUCAAUGGCAACAACAUGGGUGAUAAAUGUGCAAAAUAUUUUAGUGAAGCUCUGACAAGUGAGAAUUGUAGACUUACUGAAUUGUCUCUUAGUCGUAACGAACUAGCAGCUGGAGGUGCUAAGUAUCUUAGUGAAGCUUUAAAAAGUGAGACUUGUAAACUUACUAAAUUGUCUCUUGAUUAUAACAAUAUAGGUGAUGAAGGUGCAAAAUCUCUUAGUGAAGCUUUGAAAACUGAGAAUUGCAAACUUGCUGAAUUGUCUCUUGAAGAUAACAGUAUAGCAGCUGAAGGUGCAAAGUAUCUUAGCGACGCUUUAAAAAGUGGAAAUUGUAAACUAAGUGAAUUGGAUAUUCGUUUUAAUAAACUUAAAGAUCAAGGUGCUAAUUUGCUAAUUCAAGCUACGAAAUAUGAGAACUGUAAACUGACUAAAUUGAUGAUUUGUGGCAACAAUAUAAGUGAAAAAAGUGCUAAAUAUUUUACUAAAGCUUUAAAAAGUCAAAAUUGUAAACUUACUAAGCUUGACGUUCACUUUCACACCCUAACCAGUGAAAAUACAGAAUGUCUUAGCAAAACUUUAAAAAGUGAGAAUUGUAAAUACGCUGAACUCUAUUUAUUUAAAACUAUUGUAAGUGAUGAAGAGGCUAAAUGCUUUAGCAAAGCUUUAAAAAGUGAGUAUUGUAAACUGAUCAAAUUGGAUAUUAUUCAUACUAAAAUAACAGCUGAAGGUGCAAAGUACCUUAGUGAAGCUUUGAAAAGUGAGAAUUGUAAACUUACCGAAUUAUCUCUUGAAUAUAACAGUAUAGAUGAUGAAGGUGCGAAAUCUCUUAGUGAAGCUUUGAAAAGUGAGAAUUGUAAACUUACUGAAUUGGGUCUUUCUGAUAACAAUAUAGGUGAAGAAGGUGCAAAAUCUCUUAGUGAAGCUUUGAAAAGUGAGAAUUGUAAACUUACUGAAUUGGAUCUUUCUUAUAACAAGAUAGGUGAUGGAGGUGCAAAAUCUCUCAGUGAAGCUUUGAAAAGUGAGAAAUGUAAACUUACAGAAUUGGGUCUUUCUCAUAACAAGAUAGGUGAUGAAGGUGCAAAAUCUCUUAGUGAAGCUUUGAAUUGUAAACUUACUGAAUUGGGUCUUUCUUAUAACAAGAUAGGUGAUGAAUGUACAAAAGCUAUUAGUAAAGCUUUGAAAAGUGAGAAUUGCAAGCUUACCAGAUUGUCUCUUGAUUGUAACUAUUUAGGUGAUGAAGGUGCAAAAUCUCUUAGCGAAGCUUUGAAAAGCGAGAAUUGUAAACUUACUGAAUUGUGUCUUUCUUAUAACAAGAUAGGUGAUGAAUGUACAAAAGCUAUUAGUAAAGCUUUGAAAAGUGAGAAUUGCAAGCUUACCAGAUUGUCUCUUGAUUGUAACUAUUUAGGUGAUGAAGGUGCAAAAUCUCUUAGCGAAGCUUUGAAAAGUGAGAAUUGUAAACUUACUGAAUUAGGUCUUUCUUAUAACGAAAUAGGUGAUGAAGGUGCAAAAUCCCUUAGUGAAGCUUUGAAAAGUGACAAUUGUAAACUUACUGAAUUGGGUCUUUCUUCUAACAAGAUAGGUGAUGGAGGUGCAAAAUCUCUUAGUGAAGCUUUGAAAAGUGAGAAUUGUAAACUUACUGAAUUGGGUCUUUCUUAUAACAAGAUAGGUGAUGGAGGUGCAAAAUCUCUUAGUGAAGCUUUGAAAAGUGAGAAUUGUAAGCUUACUGAAUUGGAUCUUUCUCAUAACAGUAUAGGUGAUGAAGGUGGAAAAUCUCUUAGUGAAGCUUUGAAAAGUGAGAAUUGUAAACUUACUGAAUUGGAUCUUGAUACUAACAAGAUAGGUGAUGGAGGUGCAAAAUCUCUUAGUGAAGCUUUAAAAAGUGAGAAUUGUAAGCUUACUAAAUUGUCUCUUUAUGAAAACAAGAUAGGUUAUGGAGGUGCAAAAUCUCUUAGUAAAGCUUUGAAAAGUGAGAAUUGUAAGCUUACUGAAUUGGAUCUUUCUCAUAACAGUAUAGGUGAUGAAGGUGCAAAAUCUCUUAGUGAAGCUUUGAAAAGUAAGAAUUGUAAACUUACUGAAUUGGGUCUUUCUAAUAACAAGAUAGGUGAUGGAGGUGCAAAAUCUCUCAGUGAAGCGUUGAAAAGUGAGAAUUGUAUACUUAGUAAAUUGUCUCUUUAUAUUAACAAAAUUGGUGAUGAAGGUGCAAAAUCUCUUAGUGAAGCUUUGAAAAGUGAGAAUUGUAAGCUUACUAAAUUGUAUCUUUAUUUUAACAAUAUUGGUGAUGAAGGUGCAAAAUCUCUUAGUGAAGCUUUGAAAAGUGAGAAUUCUCUUAGUGAAGCUUUGAAAAGUGAGAAUUGUAAACUUAUUGAAUUAAGUCUUAAUACUAACAAGAUAGGUGAUGGAGGUGCAAAAUCUCUUAGUGAAGCUUUGAAAAGUGAGAAUUGUAAACUUACUGAAUUGGGUCUUUCUUAUAACAAGAUAGGUGAUGGAGAUUUUUUGCAGAUGUAA